CCUAACGAGAUCAUCCUGUACCAAUACGAAGUGUGCCCAUUUUGCUGCAAGGUGAAGGCAUUUCUUGAUUAUCACAAGUUACCCUAUCGCACGGUGGAAGUCAGCCCCCUGACAAAGAAGCAGCUCAAAUGGUCAGAGUACCGCAAAGUUCCAGUGGCGCUGCUUGAUGGCGAGAUUGUCACAGACAGCACGGCCAUCAUCACACGCUUGGCAGCAGAGAUUGCUGGGCAGGAGCAGCAGGAGCAGCAGCAGCAGCAGAAGUCGCAUGGGGAGGAAGAGUGGCGCCGGUGGGUAGAUGAGCGCCUGGUGCGCCUGCUCACAGUCAACAUCUACCGCAACAUGCGCGAGUCCUAUCAGACAUUUGACUACAUCACGGCGAGCAGCUGCAAUUUUGGCUUCUUUGAGAGGGAGGCCGCUCGUGUGGUUGGCGCCGUCAUGAUGUGGGGCAUCUCUGGCCGCCUGAAGAAGAAGUACGGUAUUGAGGGUGACGUCCGGGAGGAACUUUACCAGGCUGCCAACAAGUGGACAGAGGCGCUUGGAGAUCAGAGGUUCCAUGGCGGAUCAAAACCGGACCUUGCGGAUCUGUCUGUUUUCGGGGUCGUUCGGAGCAUCACAUGCACAGAUACCUUCAUGGACCUGAUGCACACAACAAGAAUUGGGACCUGGUAUGAGCACAUGAUGGACGCUGUAGGCGACUCCACACGCCUAUCCACCUCCUAA